CAAAUAAUGGAGAAAACUCCAAAACUGAACUUGCACAUAAACUGUAGUAAUUGCCCGCAAGCUGCUUUCAAGUUUCCUCUACAAGUCAAUAGCAACAGGUAACAACACUCACUUCUUUGUUUGAGCAUAUUCAUCUCCGAGCUUCAAUGUUCUACACUUCAACCUAACUAACAAUCUUCCUCAACUGGGUCUGUUCUCAAAUUUCAUGGCAAAACAAAAUCUCUGAGCUUCAGUGGUCUGUGCCGCAAACCAAUCAACAAUCUUCCUCAUCUGGGUUUGUUCUGAAACUUCAUGGCAAAAACUAUUCUCAUCAGAAUAUUAUUUCUGCUAUUAAUUUCUUCGUACACCCAAGUGCAAUCCACUGAAGAAGGCUUCGUAUCCAUAAACAUAUCCGAUAAGGGUCUUGAUUUUGUGAAAGAGUUGCUAAUAAACGGAGUUGUGUCUUCUUUAAUUCCACUUCAGCUUCCACAAAUUGAAAAGUCUGUUCAAAUUCCAGUGGUGGGUAAGGUUCGUAUGGUUCUUUCGAACAUUACUUUAUAUAGGGUGAAUGUCUCUUCUUCAAUCGUUAAACCUGGAGAUACAGGAAUAGCCAUAGUUGCUUCUGGUGCCACAGCGAAUCUGAGCAUGGACUGGAAGUAUACCUACAGCACUUGGUUGAUUCCGAUUGCUGUUUCGGAUAAAGGGUCUGCCUCUGUCCUGGUUGAAGGUCUGGAUGUUGGGCUUACUCUAGGUUUGAAGAACCAGCGAGGAACUCUUAAUCUCACUCUACUGGAAUGUGGAUGUUACGUGAGAGAUAUAUGUAUAAAGUUGAAAGGUGGAGCAUCUUGGCUAUAUCAAGGCUUGUUAGAUGCUUUUGAAGGGAAUAUAGCUUCUGCAGUUGAAGAUGCUGUUUCCAAGAAAAUUAGAGAGGGAGUUAUGAAGCUUGAUUCUGCAUUGCAAUCUCUUCCGAAAGAAGUCCCAAUAGAUAAUGUUGCUGCUUUAAAUGUUACUUUCGUGAAUGACCCUGUGUUGAGUAAUUCUUCUGUUGACCUUGAGAUUAAUGGUUUAUUCAGUGCAAAGGGUGAAAUCAUAGCUUCCAACCAUCGCCAUAAAAAUUUACGAGCUUCAGUUUCCUCCAAAGAUCCAGAUAAUAUGAUUGGGAUUUCAUUACACGAAAAUGUUCUCAACUCAGCGUUGUUAGUUUAUUUUAAUGCAGAUUUGAUGCACUGGAUUGUUGACAAAAUACCGGAUCAGGCCUUGUUGAACACUGCUAGAUGGAGAUAUGUUGUCCCUCAACUUUACAAGCUAUACCCAAAUGAUGACCUGAAGCUGAAUAUUUCUGUAUCUUCUCCACCAAUUAUAAAAGUUGAAAAUGAGGGUAUUCAUGGUACAGUUCACUCAGAUGUGACACUUGAUGUUUUGGAUACCGGCGAUGUAAUUCCAGUUGUAUGCAUUUAACUGGUGAUUAGUGCUUCAGCUUCUCCAGAAAUCUCGAGGAAUGCUCUAGCUGGUAGUGUUAAAUUGGACGACUUUUCUGUAUCUUUGAAGUGGAGCAAGAUUGGUAAAUUGCACAUGCGUUUAAUUCAGACAGUAAUGUUAACUCUAUUGAAAACCAUCAUCUUCCCGUACGUGAAUUUACUACUCUGGAGAGGAUAUCCAUUGCCAGUUCUGUAUGGGUACACACUUCAGAAUGCUCAAAUCCUCACCAUUGGUUCAAGGAUUGUGAUUUGCAGUGAUGUUGGAGCUAUUAACAGAACAAUGUCUAUUAACCAUUUGUAACUACAACCACAUAUUGUUGUGACAAUUGUGUUAGGAUCUAGUUGUACCAAUACAUUGGUAGGUAUAUACAUUGAGAUUAAGUUUUAUAGUUGCUUCAUGCAUGUGAAAUAAUGGUGUUGAUGUUAUACAGAAUCUGUAUACAUAUUGGACAUU